UCGCUCACAACACGCUGCACGGAACCAGGUUGGUCAGUCAGCUCCGGGCGCUGGAAGAGAGCAGGUACCACUACACAUUCUCUGCGUCCCUGUCAUGAGGGGUCAAGCGACUGUCAUGUCCUCGUGAGAAAACCGCCGGGUUGGAUACAAGUUCCACUGGCUUCGAGAAGGAACUUGGGUUGUUAUUUAUGAUUCUUGGCGAGAGAACUGGAUUGUUUAAGCGAAAUCUAAUAAAAGAAUGACAGAAAAAGAAAAAAGAAAACAGACAAGAAAGUGAUAAAGACCAACUGUAUCCAUAUGAACAUAAACCACAAUUACAAAACGAGAAAAGAAAGAAAGAAGAAAAAGACAAAGUGUAGAAAGACGCGAACCAGGAAAAGAAAAAGAAAAAGAAAAUAAAGAAGAAGAAGAAGAAGAAGAAGAGAGACAUAGAUAGUUCGAUUAAAAACGAGAAACUAAAAAUGCUAAUAAACACGGGAAAAAUCCGACUGUUGAUUUUCUCGUGUGUGGCGCUUGGUUCUUGGUUCGUCGACGCCCAAGAUGCCAGAGUGUCUUCGAGGCGGUCCAAGGAGGGGGACGUGGCGGCCAAGUACGGGAUUCCAAGGAAGACAUCUCGGCCGAUAUUCCUCCAGGUGGCUGUACAACGAGUCGAUCUCCACAUCUCAUCCAAGCUACAUCGUUGUGGCUCCUCGACUCGCGCGCCCAUCGACGGUGUACAGAAUAGUCGUGGGCGUUUUCACAGGAGACGAACCCGUCGACGUUUCCGCCCACAUGUACUCUCAGUCUGACCAGCUCUUGCCCGCCCACGCCCGAGUCACGCCCGGUGACACACAGGAGCUGCUUAUCAAGAUUCCCGACUCGAGCGUGGCCGGGAGCUACACGCUAUCCGUAGAGGGCCGACGAAACCACGCCCUCGUCUUCCGAAACUCCUCCCACGUCUCCGUUGACUCCGCCUUCCUCAGCAUCCUCAUCCACCUGUCGAGACCUUGCUUCACGGGAGGGCAGGAAGUUGGUAUCCGUGUCGUGAUGCUGACGACGGAACUCACACCUUAUGAAGAACCCAUCGACGUUUUAAUAUCGGAUCCCCAGGGCAAUAUCGUGAAGCGUUGGAUCUCCAGAGCUGCAAAUGUGGGUGUUGUAUCGGUGACGUUCGAGUUGCCAGAGCUGCCGCCAGAGGGAUGGUGGAGCGUGAGGGUCAUAGCCAGAGGACAGAGAGAAGAGAAAAAAUUCCUCGUCCACAAAAUUUAUGAACCGCUUUUCGAGGUUUUCGUCGAGAUGCCCUACUACGGCCUAGCAGACGCAGAGGAGAUCGAGGGCACCGUGACAGGCAGCUACCUCAGCGACAAACCCGUGUCAGGGAAUGCGAGUCUCACCCUCUACGUGAAACAGCCUUGGACGCUUCCCGAUGCUCACUUCAAGAGGGUCUCGUCGCAGUAUUUUGAAUAUGUGGACGUCGAGGAGGACUUCGCCUUCCCCAUGGAGUCUCUGCUGGACCACGUGGAGCAGCUGGAGGGCGCUGAGGUGAAGGUGGAGUGCGAAUUCCAUGACGUUUUCACCUGGAUUGAAGCUAAGGGGAGCUCCAGAAUGCGUAUUAUCGCGAACCGCGUUCACCUCACUUUCGUGGGUUCUCCGCCUUUCGUCUUUCGCCCAGGGAUGCCUUUCCAUGCCACGGUGUCAGCCAGGUAUGUCGACGGGGAGCCCCUCGAGGCGGAGCGGCUGGCGGAUUCCUCGCUGGUCGUCACCGCAACAGUUACCUCCAAGAACGGCGGGUCCUACGCGCUCCCGCAGGUCGUCGUACCCUCAGCCACGACUACCCUUCACGACCGGGAGGAAGCCAUUGCGACGCUGCGGGAGGCCUUGGAUAAUAACCUGGCGGUGCAGGAUGGCGAAUACAGGACGGAGGCCGAGAUUCCCGACCUGCUGGACUACUUCGCCGGCGAUAACGUUUUCGCGGAAUACAGGGAGAGGGGCAUCUUUAGAUUCCAAGUGAACCCUCCAUCGGACGCCGUCAGCCUCUCCCUCGACGUCGUCUACAGCGACAGCGACUACCAGGGCGCCGCCUCCGCCCAGGCCAACGCUCAUUACUCGCCAGAGGACAAGUACAUACAGGUGACGUCCAGCACACACGAGGCAAAGGUGGGAGAAUUCGCCGUUUUUCACGUCAGGACGAACUUCCAGGCAGAGAAUUUCGUGUAUAUGAUAAUCUCCAAGGGCGUGGUGAUUCACUCGUCUAAGGAAGUGACCGGCGGGGACAACGUAGUGACCCUCAGUACGGCGGUGGGGCGUGCAAUGGCUCCUCGAUUCACCAUCUUCGUUUACAGUGUCACAGGGCACGGGCAUGUCGUGGCGGAUUCGAUCUCUUUGCCCGUCCAAGUGCUGGCUGAUACGAAGGUACAUUUAUCGACGAACCAACAUAAGGACCACAGCAAGAAGACGGUAGAGCUAGUGGUAGGCGCGCCCCCCGGUUCCUUCUACGCUCUCACCUGCCAGCGGUCUUUAAACUUCAAUAAGCAACAUCCAAAUGCUCUCUCGCACGCCCGCAUUGUCGAUAAAAUGUUUGCACUCGAGCCAACGCGCAGAUCUCUCCAUUCGGUCUUACACAAAUCCCGCGAAGGGGAGUUCGCAGACCGCCUAGUGAGUCUGCCAUCGCCUAGCUAUGGCCAAGAUGUCCUGGCAGCCUUUCAGGACGCUGCACUAAUUGUUCUGACAGACAUCAAACUUCAGCUCACUCCCGGAAACGUUGGCUCCUGCAAUCUUACAAGGGGGUUCCUGGAAUGCGGAGAUGGAACCUGCUUCCGGCACCGCCAACUCUGUGACGGCAAAGCUCAGUGUGCUAACCAGGUCGACGAAAUUGGAUGCAAGCCUCUGUAUCAAGACUUCCCUCCUGAUCACAGUCAAAAACAAAAUCACCUGAGCCUCGACUCGGACUCCCUCUUCAGGCUGCUUCGCGGGGGACUCAUCCUCGACGUCUUCGACACGGACGACGUCGACUGGUGCAACGGGGAGCUCUGGAUAGGUCAUCGCGGACAGGAGGAAGUGGAGCGCGAGAUCGCCAAGACGGCCGAGGAGUGGGUCCUCGAGGCCUACGCACUCCACCCCGAGCACGGCCUGUCCUUCACUACUCAGCCGAUAUUCUUUACCGGCGAUCCUCCGUUCUACAUCUUAGCGGAGGCUCCGUCAGUGUGCAGAAGGGGAGAACAGAUUUCCAUCCGCGUGUUAGUGCACAACAUGCUGGAGACGACGGUGCAGGCGCUGCUGCUCGUGCACGACAGCGACGACUACCGCUUCGUCCACGUGGAGAGCAAGGGCCGAGUGUCUCACUUCCACCCCAGGACGUCCAGAGGGCAGCACCAGCACCUGCUCUUUAUACCCGGAGGGAGCAGUAAAGAGGUGGUCUUUCCUCUGGCCGUCGUCAAGGAGUCUGGCGCGAUGGAGGUGACGGUGGAGGCCGUGUCGCAAGUGCGGAGGGACUCGGAGACGUUGGAAAUCGAAGUGAAGCCCGAGGGUGUGCCGGUCAGAAAGCACACGUCCCUCGUGCUCGACCUGAGGAACAGGGCCCUCGUCUACGAAUUCUUGGAUGUUGCCAUCGACGAGAGUCCCAUCAUUCCUUUCAGCAUCUUCAGGAGGUUCCUGUACGGAUCCCCCGCCGGCAGGAUAUCCAUUUCAGGGGAUGUGUUCGGCCCCAUUCUGGAGGGCAUCUCCGUCGACCACACGGAGGUGUUCGGGGGCCGCCAUCUGCGCAGCACCGACGGGGUGGCUUUCAAUUUCGGAGCCACGCUGUGGACGCUGCACUACUUGAGGCUCACGAAUCAGUUGGAUAUGACAGAGGCAAAGGACUCCUUCGAAUACCUGACGGUGCAGCUCGCGGGUCUUAUGUGGCGCUGUCGAGAAGGUGGAUUUAGCAUGUGGGCUUUCACUCCGCCAAAUGUUUGGGUGACCGCACGAGUGCUAAAUAUACUUCUGGCAGCCCAACAUGAAGAUUGGGAGAAUCUGUUAUAUAUUGACCCGCGAAUCAUCAGGAAAGGUGUAGUGUUCCUGCUUCGCCACCAGAUGGCAGAUGGCGGCUUCAAGGAGGAGGGCUCUCGUGCGCUGGACAGCAAGGCCAAGAAGACAGGCAAGUCAUCUUCAGUACCUCUUACAGCAUUGGUUUUUCUCGUCCUGCACAAAGGUCUUGCCAGUCUCCAAGGCAGCACUCGCGACCACGCUAUUCGUGGACGAGCUCGAGCCGUCAGAUUUUUAGAGAGUCAGUUAGUGCAUCUGAACGACAGUUACCACGUGGCGUUGACUGCACAUGCGUUGACUCUCAUGGGAAGUUCUCUGGCGAAUGCUGCAGCCGGGAAGCUGGAGGCCAUGAUGCUGACUGAUGGUGGAAUGACCUACUGGUCGCGCACCCGCAUGAAGGCACACACACGCCGCCAGGAGACAAGCCAAAGGGCCUUCCUGCUUCCCCGAGAGCUCCAAGAAUGGGAUUCACACGCCGUCGAGAGCACAAGCUACGCGCUCCUGGUAUUCUUGGCCCGCGAAGGCGUCACGUCCACCACAGAGCGAAUCAUGCGAUGGCUCAACGCUGUGAGAGACUGGGAUCGGGCGUUCAUGUCCACUGUUGAUACGGUGGUGGCCAUGGAAGCGCUGGCAGAAUACGCCUUCAUCGCUCGACUUCGUGACUUGACAGAGAUCGAAUGCACGCUCGAUGUGACGUCAGAAGAAACUCAGUCUGUCCACCUCUCUAUCAGUAACGUUUCAACGGCGUCGUAUCACACCUUUGAACUGGAAAACGUGUGGGGCCACAUCAACCUCCUCGCCAAGGGCUCGGGUCAGGCGGUGGCUCAGCUGGACGUCUCUUGGGGCGUCGACGUCCUUAGGUUCAUCGAACAGCCGCACAAGAAGUACUUCGACCUCAACGUCGUCGAGAGAUACCACCAGUUCAGAAACAAGUCGCUCAUCACCACCACUGUUUGCGCGCAAUGGUUAGCUACAGAAGACAGUCACACAAGCCACGCCGCACUGGUGGAAAUCGAAAUUCCAACCGGUUAUAUAUUCUUCCAACCCAUUGCUGAAGUUACCGCUUUAGGAAUCAAAGAAAAUGGUACCUUUCCGGAAAUCCGAAAUGUCCAUACGACGAACACUCACGUCUUCUGGCAGUUUGAAUACAUACCAUCGACCAAGAAGCAGUGUUUCAGCUACGACAUCCAGCGCUGGUAUCCCGCAGCUAAUCUGACAGCUGUUCGCUCUGCCACGAUAAUGGAAUUAUUUGCUCCAGAACACUUCGAGAUGGUGAUGAUUAACGCAACGCCCCUCGCCCUUUUGGACAUCUGCGAAGUCUGUGGUUCAUAUCAGUGUCCGUACUGCCCCAUAUACAGUGGUCGUUCAACCUGUGUUUGCGCGGUGUUCUAUCUCUAUGUGGUGUCUCUCAUGAUCGUUCUGUCAGUGUAUCUUAGGAGCGAUGUGGUGUUAUAGCACUGAUUGUUGCAGUGUUUUUUUGAUUUUGAAUGUGCCAUGAUUUUUUAAAAUUUUCAUAAGAUAUAUUUUAGAUAUGCUGUAUACUUUCUUUUUUUAAGAUGAAAUUACGAGUUUAUUAUUAAUGUUAUCAUUUUGUACUUUUGUGUUAUUCAAAAUUAUAAUAGCAAAGGCUGCAAUGGUGCUAGCAAUAAUGGUAGCAACAGCAAUAAACAAAAAUGAUAACAGUGACAGUAAUGCCUCAAACAAUUUAUGUUUUAGUACCAGAUAAAACAACAAGAAAAUCAUUAAGAGGCAUACAUGGCAUAUUUGUUAUAUAUCAUUAUACAGUAAGACACAACGUUAUCGAUUUUGAUAUUUGCAUUUAUCAUAACUAUUUUAUCGCGAAUGCCCAAAUGCAUAUACAAAUUAAUUAUACGUGAGGGUAUAAUGCGAUUUUCAACGAACCCAGAGGCAUCAUUUGUCCUUAUAUCCCAAAUGAAAACAUUUGCAGUCAUUCGUCAUAUACAAAUACAUACACAGAAAUGUACAUAUGCACGAGCCCACACCUUCACCACAAACACAACCUCAUCUACAAAUCUCACUCUCUGACUGUGAUGUACCUUAAGUGGAUUUUCCCAUUUCAUUCACUGGAGAUCUAACAUGAUCAUGAUGCUGUAAGGUAAGAUAAGAUAUAAACUUAGUUGCUUCAUUUGCAUUUCGAAUUGAAAUUUGAAUAUAAGAAUGAUUCUAUAUACGUUUGCAUAAGCUAAAUAACAUUUUCAUAUACCUCUUUUGCAUCCUAAGUGUUAUACUAAUUACUGUAUGUCUUAAACUGCUCAUGUUUUCAGUGAAAAGCAGUUCAGUGUUUAGUUACCAGAUCAAAGCAAUCAGGAGUAUCAUUAUUUUCAUUGUCUUCAUUAAUGCCCACUUCAGUGGUAUAAGUUCAAAAAUCCAUAUUAUGUCGAAAUGAAGUAUCAUUUGUGAAAGGGCGUCUCAUAUAUCGUCGGGUAUUCCUUACUGUUCCCAAACAGAGCCAGUCAGCAUGUUACAUGACCAACAAACCAGUGUACCAAAUGCAAGGUCUGUAUUCAAAAACGUGUAUUAUUCCUGGAAGCUGAUAUUAUUAUUAUUUUUAAAUCAGCGAAAUAUUUAACCAGGAUGAAAAAAAUACGUAAUGAUAAUCACGUCGUUCAUGCCUUGUAUAUGUAUAUAGAGGGCAUGUUCUAUAUGCCUUGUCUGUUUUACUGUAGAUUUCCAAAGCCUAAACCUUCGCUCUCUAUUAGCCCACAUUGGGAGGCGCUUAUUAUGUAAGUGUAAUUUCUUCUGCUGGAAAUGUGUGUGUUGGUCUUUCAUUAGUAUAAGAAUAAUGUUUAUAACCCAUGUGGACUGUACUUUUAUAUUUUGUUACAGGUGUAUAAAUCUAUUUUUUCCCCAGCGAUGAUGAUAGAUAAUAAAAUUCGUAACACAUUCA